GUGUCCUUAGAAGGAAAAAGUCUGUCAGACUAUAAACUGGAGAGAACUUUUUUAGGGCUUGAGUGGCAGCAAAUGUUCACUUCAUAAAAGUCAGUCAUUAAAACCAGUCAGUGACAACUUAGGAUGCAGGAUCAUAAUAUCUUAUAGGGGCUUAAUUCUCGGAAAGGGACGGAGGAGGAGGACCUGCAGUGGCCGCAGUGAGAGGCGCUGUUGGCGGAUGAGCGGCGGACUGACGGACGGACUUGUCGGUUCACAUGGAGAUGUUGCGCCGCUCCUCUGUGUUUGCGUCUGAAGUGUUUGACCGCUCGCCCACCGACAAGGAGCUGGUGUCCCAGGCCAAAGCACUGUGCAGGGACUACAUCCACUCCAGGCUGAACCGAGCCGGGAUAGGCUGGUCUAAGCCGGAGCACGGACUGGCUGCAUCAGGUGGAGCGCUGGGAGAGAUCUCCUCGGUGCUGCUGUGGCUGGGUGAUGAGUUGGAGUACCUUCGACCCAACGUCUACCGCAACGUAGCGCGACAGCUCAACAUCACGGUGGCGUCAGAGAGUAUCGUGUCCGAUGCUUUCCUGGCUGUGGCUGCAGACAUUUUCUCCACAGGUGUGACAUGGGGGAAGGUGAUUUCUUUGUAUGCCGUGGCGGGAGCCUUGGCAGUGGACUGCGUUCGCCACGGCCAUCCAGCAAUGGUCCAUACCAUUGUCGACUGCAUGGGGGAGUUUGUCCGCAAGAGCCUGACCUCCUGGUUGAAAAGGAGAGGGGGCUGGGUGGACGUAACGAAAUGCGUGAUGAACACUGAUCCCAGCUUCCACUCUCACUGGUUGGUGUCUGCCGUCUGUGCAUUAGGACACUACCUGAAGGCCACCGUGUUAUACCUUCUCAGGGAGAAGUGAAAGACAAAGUCACACACUGGAUUAUUAGCAGACUGGCCAGCUCUGUACAUCACCAGCACCACCAGCACCACUCCACUAAAGCAUCCACUGCUUUGGAUUAAUGUUUACACUUAUUUGCACUGAGCCCGCACGGAUGAUCACCUAUCGCUUCACAGAAAAACAGACUUUCUAUGCUUCUUCUGCUUCCUGUGCUAGAUUGUAUAUUUAUUGUUAAUGGUUAUGUUAUGGCACACAUUUGAUGUGAAUGUAUAAAACCACCCACUGUUAAUGUUUUCAGCUUCAUUUCCCCUCAAUCAGCAGAAUUUUGCUGCCUGUUUGGCAGUGGUUUGGCUGCCCCUAGUGGUUGAAGUUGGUAACUAAAUUGAAAAUACUCCUUCGGAUCCUGAGGCCCAUUCAUGAGGACUUGGUUUAACAAAAAUCUCCACUUCUCACCUGGAUGGCAUAUAUGGCCCAACAGAUUAGAGCAUGCUGGAUAAAUGCAAAAUACAGCAUGUUUUUCUGUGAUUAAGGGACUGUACGAAAAAAUAUUGUCACUGAAGGGAUGGUAGCACAGAAAUAGAAUAGGAGUAGAAAAGACAUUCCCAUUCAAAUCAACCAAGCGGGAUGGUCAGAGCGGCGGCCGUUUUAAUGUGUAUAUGUGCCAGUGGGACCGUUGUAGCAACAAAGAGUAUAGAAGCAAAGAGACGAAACCACGGUGCCACUGCCGCCAUUUUGGACUUAUUAAUAUAUUUAUAAUAUUUCAUCGUUCAACACAGGUCAUUUCUGUAGAAUAUGACAAUAGAAUAGAAAUAAUUUUGUUUUACUUUUAUACGGCACUUUGUGGACGGACAUUUUACUGACGUCCGGUAGUCCUAAAAUGGCGAAAGCGUAGCUUUGCUGCUGGGCGCUGAUGUUACAAUGGAACAAACAAUUGACUUUCACUUCUUGGCAAUAUAAGUUUUUUGGUAGCGGGCUAACUACCGUAUUAACUAAACCGAUUUACGGCAAGUCGCGGACUCACUGAGGUGAGGUUUUGCAGUAGCCUAACAACUAAAACGAGCAGUGGAGUAGUAAAGUUACGAAGCAUACAGAGCCAGAGUAAAUUAGUAAUAUUUAACAACGUAAUGCUUCAUUCACACACUCUUAUCACAGCGAAGGAAAGCACAUUACUGUCACCAGAUGAUCGACAACUUUGUUCGUCUCAUUUUCUGUAUUUUUUAUUUUUUUUCUGAGUCAAGAGAAAUGAAAAGAAUGUAUAUAUUUUAAAAGUCAAUUAUCAGAUUCAGCCCUCCUCCCCACCCGAAUAAUUGUCAUACAGUCCCUAAUGAGUCUGAUAAAUUUAGCCUACAAUUCCCAUACAUGUAUUUCAGACAGCACUAUACAUUUAAUGUAACCUAUUUUCUCUCCCAUCAUUGUUCACUGUGAGGCAGUGUAUGACAUUGCUGUAGGCCUACUGUAGUUGCAGUAAUGCAAGUUACAGUAUAUUUUCUCUGAGUUAGAGCACUUUGAUAACAUUUCAGUUUGAGUAGAAUUUAUUCCAUGAAUAAUUUCACUUUUAUACGGCGUGUAGCACGAGGAGUCCUAGAAAAUGAACAAAUGUUUGUGAGUCAUCUGCAACUGUAAAUAUUAACAAAAAUAAAUGGUUCUUACAACAA